AUGGUUUUUGCUGUAGAAGAGAUCAAUGAAAAUCCCAGCAUCUUGCUUAAUGUCACUCUUGGAUUCCACAUCUAUGACAGCAAUUCCAUUGCAAGGAUUAUCUACCGGGCCACGUUGGACCUGCUCUUCAAUUCACUCCAGUUCUUCCCGAACUAUAAUUGUGGCAUCCAGAGAAAACUAGUGGGCGUCAUCGGAGGACUUAGCUCUGCUACGACCGCACACAUAGCAAAGGUCUUGAGCCUUUACAAGAUUCCCCAGAGAAUCUCAUUCAACAACAGUGCUGGAGAUGAAAUUAGAUUUAAUGAAUGUGGAGAAUUAGAAGCUGGUUUUGAUGUUACCAACUUGGUCACUUUCCCAAAUAACUCCUAUGUCAGGAUCAAAGUAGGAAGUCUGGAUCCUCAGGCUCCUCCAGAGAAAGUGUUCAUCAUUCAUGAGGAAAAAAUCCAGUGGCAUGGAGAAUUCACCAAGCUGCCCCCCGUCUCUGUGUGCAAUGACUGCUGCCAGCCUGGUUAUCAGAAGAUCACAAAGGAAGGUGCACCAUCUUGCUGCUACGACUGUUCUCCAUGCGAAGAAGGGGAAAUUUCAGCUCUGGAGGACACGGACUCCUGUUUCCAGUGCCCUGAAGAUCAGCAUCCAAACAAGGCUCAAAAUCAAUGCAUCCCUAAGGUUGUAAGCUUCCUCUCUUACGAAGAACCUUUGGGGAUCAGCAUGGCUUUGUUUGCCAUCUCUUUUUCCCUGGUAACUUCCUUAGUGUUGGGAACUUUCAUUAAACACCAGGACACACCCAUUGUCAAAGCCAAUAACCGGAGCCUCAGCUACAUUCUCCUCGUCUCCCUCCUGCUCUGUUUCCUCUGCCCACUGCUGUUCAUUGGCCAACCUGGGAAAGUGACUUGCAUGCUCAGGCAAACAUCGUUCAGUAUCACCUUCUCUGUGGCUGUUUCUUCUGUCUUGGCCAAAACCAUGACAGUGCUUCUUGCCUUCUUGGCCACUCAACCAGGUUCCAGGAUGAGCAAAUGGGUGGGGAAAAGGAUAGCAACUCCUAUUGUUCUUUGUUGCUCCCUUGUUCAAGUUGGCAUUUCGACAGCAUGGCUGGGAUCGGCUCCCCCCUUCCCAGAUUUUGACAUGCACUCAUUGGCAGGUGAGGUCAUAGUGGAAUGUAAUGAAGGCUAUGCCACCUUCUUCUACUGCCUACUGGCCUUUAUGGGUUUGCUAGCUGUCGUCAGCUUUACUUUGGCUUUCCUAGCCAGGAAGCUUCCAGACGCUUUCAACGAAGCCAAGUUCAUCACCUUCAGCAUGUUGGUUUUCUGCAGUGUUUGGGUAUCCUUUGUUCCAACCUACCUGACCACGAAGGGGAAAUACAUGGUGGCAGUAGAGAUCUUCUCCAUUUUGGCCUCUGGGGCUGGACUGCUGAGCUGUAUCUUUUUCCCCAAAUGCUUUGUCAUUAUGAUGAGGCCUGAGCUGAACAACAGAGGACAGCUAAUAAAGAGAAAGAAAUAA